AUCUGAUGCAUUUGACUGUCUUUUGUACAACUGCCCAGAAGCAAAUGUGUUAACUCGGCGGUCCCCCUCGAUGCCUGGCUUCUCGCAGAGCGCGGAGGACGCCCAGACCCAUUUUCCAGUCUGGAUUCGGAAGGGCUGCUCAGCUUUGGACCCUUGUGUGUGGAUCGCUUUACCCAGAGGCUUGGAAAACGCCAGUAUUAACCUGCUUCCAGGUACAUUACAAGGUCACUAGAGGGUCUUGCAGCCGUCUUGUUUCUGUGCAUCUAGACCUUCCUGUCUUCGCCCGAAGGAUAUUUACGUUUCGGUCGACAUAAUUUGAAGCCAAAAGUUCAGCCUGUCGAGCUGGUUUCUGCACAAUCAAGGUAAAAAGAAUUGCCUUUCAAACUGCUUAACAAAAUCCCCGACUCUUCGACUCUUCCUUGCUGGUUCCUGGCUCUUUUGCCUCCCCACCAAAAUGUCACCAGCUCUUGAAUUACGUGGAUUUGGGUUGGAGGAGAACUUGAAGGAAACGUGAUAGAACCGCUAUGCUAGACCACUCUCUUUGCUGCCCGUGGUCCUGUGGGCAUCGAAGCCGAUCGUGAGAAGGACCAGUCCCCUCCUUGCUUUUCCUUCCCCGUGCUGUACUGGGUGUCUGUGUGUGUGUGUGUGUGUGUGUGUGCGCGCAAGUGUGAAUGCGAGUGCGCGCGCGCCUGUCUGCGAGUGUGUGUGUGUGUGUUUGAGUGUGUUUCUGUGUGUGCGUGCGCGGCCGCCCUGCCUCUGCCCGAUCCCUGGGUGCAGAAACGCGGGUUUCAUGGGGCGAUCGCCGCGGAUCCCCCGCCCAGCGCGACCUGCGGGCAACGGCGGCAAUGGCAGGAGCCGCCUCUCGGACUCCCUAGGAUGCGGGUGCUGAGCUAUGGCAAAGGGCAGCGAAGUGACGAGCGAGACCCGCGUACGACUGUGAAAGCCACCUGGAAACACCUUGCCGGGAUUGUACCUGCGGGCAGAAAGUCUUCCUACGCCCGUCUUUCCUCUAGAGGCACCAGAGUCCCUGUAACCAUUCUGCCAGGUGUUGGGAAGAUAUGUAGUAGCUGAGCACCUUACUUCUGUCACCAUCCUCAGAAUCAACUUUGGAAAUGCUUUCACCCUGUCCGUCUUCUGCAGCAGCCAGGCCGAGUGCUGACUCCUUCUCAACAGUGAGGAACUCUUCAGACUCCAGAAGCUCUUAAAACUGAUCUACAAUGGAAAAAUUUCUUUUUUAUCUGUUUUUCAUUGGCAUAGCAGUGAAAGCUCAGAUCUGUCCAAAGCGUUGUGUCUGUCAGAUUUUGUCUCCUAAUCUUGCAACCCUUUGUGCCAAGAAAGGGCUUUUGUUUGUGCCACCAAACAUUGACAGAAGAACUGUGGAACUGCGUUUGGCAGACAAUUUUGUUACAAAUAUUAAAAGGAAAGAUUUUGCCAAUAUGACCAGCUUGGUGGACCUGACUCUAUCCAGGAAUACAAUAAGUUUUAUUACACCUCAUGCUUUUGCUGACUUACGGAAUCUGAGGGCAUUGCAUUUGAAUAGCAACAGAUUGACUAAAAUUACAAAUGAUAUGUUCAGUGGGCUUUCCAAUCUCCAUCAUUUGAUACUGAACAACAAUCAGCUGACUUUAAUUUCUUCUACAGCAUUUGAUGAUGUCUUUGCCCUCGAGGAGCUGGAUCUGUCCUAUAAUAAUUUAGAAACAAUACCAUGGGAUGCUGUUGAGAAGAUGGUUAGCUUGCACACCCUCAGUUUGGAUCACAAUAUGAUUGAUAACAUUCCUAAGGGGACUUUCUCCCACUUGCACAAGAUGACUCGGCUAGAUGUAACAUCAAAUAAAUUGCAGAAGCUACCACCUGACCCUCUCUUUCAGCGAGCUCAGGUCCUAGCAACCUCAGGAAUCAUAAGCCCAUCUACUUUUGCAUUAAGUUUUGGUGGGAACCCUUUGCAUUGCAACUGUGAAUUGCUGUGGUUGAGGCGUCUGUCCAGAGAAGAUGACCUGGAGACCUGUGCUUCCCCAGCGCUUUUAACUGGCCGCUAUUUUUGGUCAAUUCCUGAGGAAGAGUUUUUGUGUGAGCCUCCUCUCAUUACUCGUCAUACACAUGAGAUGAGAGUCCUGGAGGGUCAGAGGGCAACCCUGAGGUGCAAAGCCAGGGGAGACCCCGAACCUGCAAUUCACUGGAUUUCUCCUGAAGGGAAGCUUAUUUCAAAUGCAACAAGAUCUCUGGUGUAUGAUAAUGGAACACUUGACAUUCUUAUAACAACUAUUAAGGAUACAGGUGCUUUUACCUGCAUUGCUUCCAAUCCUGCUGGGGAAGCAACACAAAUGGUGGAUCUUCAUAUAAUUAAGCUCCCUCACUUACUAAACAGUACGAACCAUAUCCAUGAGCCUGAUCCUGGUUCUUCAGAUAUCUCAACUUCUACUAAGUCAGGUUCUAAUGCAAGCACUAGUAAUGGUGAUACUAAAAUCAGUCAAGGUAAAAUUGUGGUGGCAGAAGCAACAUCAUCUACGGCACUGCUUAAAUUUAAUUUUCAAAGAAAUAUCCCGGGAAUACGUAUGUUUCAAAUCCAGUACAAUGGUACUUAUGAUGACACCCUUGUUUACAGAAUGAUACCUCCUACGAGCAAAACUUUUCUUGUCAAUAACCUGGCUGCUGGAACUAUGUAUGACUUGUGUGUCUUGGCAAUAUAUGAUGAUGGCAUUACUUCCCUCACUGCCACAAGAGUCGUGGGUUGCAUCCAGUUUACUACAGAAGACGAUUAUGUGCGGUGCCAUUUCAUGCAGUCCCAGUUUUUGGGAGGCACCAUGAUUAUUAUUAUUGGUGGGAUCAUUGUAGCCUCUGUGCUGGUUUUCAUCAUCAUUCUAAUGAUCCGGUAUAAGGUUUGUAACAAUAAUGGGCAACACAAGGUCACCAAGGUCAGCAACGUCUGCUCUCAAACUAAUGGGGUUCAAAUACAAGGCUGCAGUGUGACGCUGCCCCAGUCCAUGUCCAAACAAGCUGUGGGACACGAAGAGAAUGCCCAGUGUUUUAAAGUUGCCAAUGACAAUGUGAUACAAUGUUCAGAAACUUGUUCAAGUCAGGACUCCUCUACCACUACCUCUGCUUUGCCUCCUACCUGGACUUCAAGUACUUCUAUGUCCCAAAAGCAGAAAAGAAAGACUGGCACGAAGUCAAGUACCGAACCACAGAGUGAAGCUGUCACAAAUGUUGAGUCCCAAAACACUAACAGGAACAACUCAACUGCCUUGCAGUUAGCUAGUCGACCUCCUGAUUCUGGCACAGAGGGACCCACAUCUAAAAGAGCACAUUCAAAGCCAAAUGCUUUGCCGACUAAUGUUGACCAGACUGUCCAGGAGACACAGAGGCCGGAGUUAAUCUGAAGAGCACCACUUCUCUCUCUCCUGAAAAAACUUGCCACUGAUAUUUUUACCAGACAAAAUUUUAAAAUGUUUCAAUUCACAAAGGCUAAUUGUUGAACUGGUGUCCUAGAAGAAAUUGUCCACAGGAGCUGAAGCAGAAGUCUCUGAUGACGCGGAACUGGCUCUAUCAGACCAUGGUUAAUCCCCUUUUAAAACCAAAAUUUUUUUCUUCUGACCUACAAGUAUUUUUUUUUAAAGAAGGAAAGAAAAAAGCCUACGUUGGCAUCGAGUUCUGUAUCAAUCCAUGUUACAUUGCCAUUCAUGAUUUAAGACUGUAGAAUCUUGAAUAAUCUAUAUCACUUUAACAAAUAAAUGUUUUACUAUGACAGAA